AUGAUCGACGACGAGAAAUUUGAAGACAACACUCUGGUCAAGACCUUGAACAUUGCCAAGAAGAACUGGGUGCAGAGCUCCAAGUCGAAGCAGAUAGUAGUUGCACGGGCACCCAAGUCGCUUGUACUACAUGUGAACCGCAGUAACUUCGACGAGAUCACAGGCGCUUCAUACAAGAAUACAGCGGGCGUUUCGUAUCCGAGAAUCCUCGACUUGGGCAACUGGUGCCUGGGCAGUGCACCGAGCGGCUCUAGACAGCCUGACAUGUCAUUAGAAGAGUGGCCGCGGGACCCCACCCAGUCCAUGCUUAUGCAGAUCAAUGAACCGAUCGUCACAUCUCCAUUCCAAUAUAGAUUGCGAGCGGCCGUCACCCAUUUCGGGUCACAUGGCAAUGGACAUUACGUUUGUUAUCGACCACAUGCUCAGAACCCAUCGCAGCCGGAAUGCAGCGACGAGGAUAACGAGCAGACUUCAACAGAGGAACAGUGGUGGCGAUUCAGCGACGACACCGUUUACGCCGUACCAGAGGAACAAGCCCAUCAGGCUAACGUCUUUAUGCUUUUCUACGAACGAAUCGACGCGCCCAAUGCUCCAGAAACAACGGACUCGGAAUGUAUCCCAGUGCUCCUCCGUAUUCCAGAAGACGCGCCCUUACCACCUGAAGUCAUGCGAGUUUCCAAUGUGCUGAUGGACGACUCUAGCAUUGCAAUCCAGGUUUCUUUACCCGGAGACGAAGAUAACCUCCUUGAUCUCAUCCCAUCUGAGUCUGUUAUCAACCAGCACAGCCUAUCCUCGCCUUUGGAUGCUGGGGAAAUCACACCCACACGUGACGAUUCGAGUCACAUUCUGUGGUCUCAGCACCAGGAAGACAUAACGCCCAUGCGGGUGGCCACAGAUGACACAAUGACAGAGGCGAGCGGGGUAGAGUCCGAAGAUACUGCUUCAACAGAAGCUACAUCCGAUUCUGAAACCGAGCAUCGCCCCUCUCCUCCUAGAGCAAAGCCAGUCAUGCGUGUGCCGCCACACACGAUGCGGACUGCUGGCAAUACUGCAGUAAGAGGACAAGGCAGUAGACGAAGCCUGCCGUUGGUGUCUGCAACGUAG